AGUGGUGGCUUUAUACGCAGCAGUAGGCCUACUCUAUAUGGCUCAGACAAACAAAGCGCUUUGGAAUGAUAGAGGGCCAACUGAAGAAAGAAUAAGGAGUCACCAGACCAGCUAUGCUGGUUUCAGUAGCAGCCUUUUGGACCCUGCUGGAUUUGGGUUUUGAUGUGGAUUGAACAGACAAAAGGUGGAUCUAUAUAUGAACAUGUUUAAAAGGAUCUAUGUGGUCUGCUGGUAGAUCUUCUCUGGUUGGAAGUCUAAGUUGAGGAAAACCCUGAUUGGUCCAGAGCAGUGAGAAGAAACUGUUGACCUCUGUCCUUUCUCCAGCCUGACACUAUGGGAUCAUCCACAUUCGGAAAGGCAGCAUCUCUGGACGCUCUCUUAAAUGAAUGCAUUCAUGCAUUUGAUGACAAUGGGGAUCUGAAGGCCAACCUGCUUCCUCGCACCCUGCUGCUGAUGCAUCGCUGGUACAUUACAUCCUCAGAACUGGCGGAAAAACUACUGAUGAUGUACCGUGACAGCAAAGCUGAAACCUGCCAGAGAACCAGGCUGAAGAUUUGUUAUCUAAUGAGGUACUGGAUUGUGACAUUCCCUGCAGAGUUCAACCUGGAUUUGGGUCUGAUCCAGAUAACAGAGGAGUUCAAAGAUGUGGCUGCUCAGCUGUCCUGUGAGGAGCAUUUCAAGCUCCUUGACAUCUCCACCAUUCCGUCAUACGAAUGGAUGCGUAAGUUGACCCAGCGCAAGAAGCAGGCUAAGAAAGGAAAGGCCUCACUGCUGUUUGACCACCUAGAGCCUAUGGAGCUGGCCGAGCAUCUCACCUUCCUGGAGUUCAAGUCCAUACGGAGGAUAUCGUUCACUGAUUACCAGAGCUAUGUGAUCCACGGUUGCCUGGUGGACAACCCAACUCUGGAGCGCUCCAUUGCUCUGUUCAAUGGAGUCUCGCAGUGGGUCCAGCUCAUGGUGCUCAGCAAGCUAACACCUCAGACCCGCGCAGAGGUCAUCACCAAAUACAUCCAUGUGGCUCAGAAACUUCUGCAGCUACAGAACUUCAACACCUUGAUGGCGGUGGUGGGGGGGCUGAGCCACAGCUCCAUUUCUCGACUAAAGGAGACUCAUUCUUAUCUGGUUCCAGAAGUUGUGAAGAUCUGGAGCGAGAUGACUGAGCUGGUCUCUUCCAACAACAACUACUCCUGCUACCGAAAGGCCUUCAAUGAAUGCCAGGGCUUUAAAAUUCCCAUCCUGGGUGUGCACCUGAAGGACCUGAUCGCAGUGCAUGUAGUCUUUACUGACUGGGUUCAUGACAGUAAUCAGGUGAACCUAGUGAAGAUGCAUCAGCUCUACAUGACUUUCAAUGAGUUGGUGUCCUUGCAGAGUGCAGUGGCCCAGGUGGAACCCAACAUGGACCUCAUCUACCUGUUAACGCUUUCUUUAGACCUUUACUACACCGAAGAUGAGAUUUAUGAGCUGUCAUUGCUAAGGGAGCCACGUAACCCCAAAUCAUUGCCUACCUCUCCAACAACUCCCAACAAGUCCCUGGUCCCACUGGACUGGGCCUCUGGUGUCACCACCAAACCAGACCCUUCUGUGGUCAAUAAACACAUCAGGAAGGUAGUGGAAUCUGUGUUCAGGAAUUAUGACCAUGACCAUGAUGGCUUUAUUUCUCAAGAGGACUUUGAGAGCAUCGCUGCUAAUUUUCCCUUCCUGGAAUCGUUCUGUGUUUUGGACAAAGAUCAAGACGGAUUGAUCAGCAAGGAUGAGAUGAUAGCAUAUUUCCUCCGGGCUAACCCACUACUUCAGAGUAAGAUGGGUCAAGGUUUCAUCCACAACUUCCAUGAGAUGACGUACCUGAAGCCCACCUUCUGUGAACAUUGUGCUGGAUUUCUCUGGGGAAUCAUCAAACAGGGCUACAAGUGUAAAGACUGUGGCGUUAACUGUCAUAAACAAUGUCGGGAGCUGCUGGUCCUGGCCUGUAGGAAGCUCAUCCGUUCAAGCUCUCUAGGCAGUGUUUCUCCAGCAAGACUGACCCACAGCUCACUGCCCAGCAGCCCGGCACUGCCCACCUGUAAAGAUGAGGAUGAAGUAUUUGAGUUCCCAGCUGUCACAUCAGCAGGUCCAGCUCUGAACACUCAGUCCAUCACCCUGAUGACUGGCUCAGCCCAGAGGAUCUCUGUGCGCUUGCAGAGGGCCACCACAAGCCAGGCCACCCAGACAGACCCCCUCUGGCACGAACACAGUUGGGGGGCCACAGGCUGCGGCUCCCACACCUUCCCAAAAAUGAAAUACAGGACCCACAGAAAAACAUCUAAAAAUAAAGGUUUUGCCCGCUGUGAAAACCAGAAGGACCAGGCAGUUUCUACACGGUGCAGCAUGGACUCCCAGGAGAAGUCCGAAGUCUCAGGAGAGCUUGUACAGAACGGGAUUACACACAGAGGGAAGGACAGCUGACUUGGUCACGUUGAUGAGGGCCAGUCCCAGAGGUCCAGAAAGCCCCUAAUGGCUGGGGCCAGGAAGUUCUUCUCUCUGGAGGAUGUGCUGGGCUGCCUGAGGUCCCCCUUCAGUGACCUGGAGUUAUCAUGUCCUCUGUAGACUUCGGAACAGGCCGAGCUACAUGUUGACGCUGUGUAGCUGCAUGGAAGAACAUAAUGUGUGGUCUCUGCGAGAGGUCACACAGAUAUAGCUGAGGAGUUCAGUAGAUAAUGGACAAACAUCCAUUGUGAAUAACAUGGAUAACACCGCCGUCCUGUAAAGGGUGACCGGCUGGGGAUCAGUGCAGAUUACUACAUAUCUUAGGUUGGAGUUUGAUUCAGGACGUACAUACAUAACAUCAGCACUUGAAAAACUGAGAUUUUUUUUUUUUUUUAAACUUAACAAAAGUGUGGAAUGAAAUUCAGUGGAUGAAAGCAAGCCAGUUACUUUAUAUAAGCCACCGGCUUUAAAUAUCAGGCUGGGACAGUAUGACAAAUUAAAAGCCUGAUUUGAGGAAAGCCACAAGCAAGUUCUUUACCGUCUGAUACCAAGUUGGAAAGAUCGGAAAAUACAUGAUGGACACGGGAAAGUGUGUAGAUAUUUGUAUGUUGUAUGGUUUGAUGCAAAAAAGGGAAAGUCAAGAUGAAAUAGAAUGUAAAGGGUUACUUUAACCCUUCCAACAUAUGGAACGUUGAUGAUGGACGAUUCUAAAUAACCCUGGAUUCUGUUAAAUUAUAUUUUUGAGUGUUCAUUGCCAAUGAUUGUAUUUAUUCCUACAAUGCCUGCACUUUACAACUACAGCGUGGUUAAAGGUGCUAAAUUCAAAAUUCAGAGCAUAAAUAUAAGAGCAAACAACUAUUUGCAAUGUAAAGAAAUAGCUUAGUGGAAUAAUGGCGUCCUGAGCAGAGAAUUUAGUCGCUCUCCCUUUCUGUGUGUUGUAAACUGAGCUUCUCAGUGCUUUGUUUACAUAUCCUCCUUUUAGUGCAUGUGAGCCAUGUUAGUGCAUGUGAGCGUGCCCCACUGGCUAGCUUACGACCGCUGCUCUGCACCACUCCACUAUGGUGUUUAUAGCUGAUAACACCCUCCCGACCAUCAGCAAGAUUACCGUAGUUUAUACUGCAUUUCAAAAUGCUCCCAAUCUCGUAUUUUCCACCUUUAACCUUCCCGUUGUCUUAAGAGUCCAAAAUGGCUGCAUUCGUGUGCAUGAGUUUCACAGCAGAGAUAAAAAAAAAUGUUAGUAUUACAUUUGUGGACUUCCUGGCCUGAGCAUUAAAAAAGGUGAAUCUCUGUCCUCUGUACAUUUUUAGCUAUGGGAGAUUUCCAGCUGACCAAUAGGAAACUAUCAACGGGACUGUUCCUGUCAGCGAUGAUAAGCUCUGCAUUUGACAGUUGGUUGUUUUUCAUUUUGGCCCAGAUGAUGCGUUUCAAUCUCAAAAAAGACAAAAACUCUCCUGCACCUCCUCAUGGAAGUUAAUGACAUUUCCUUGCAUUUACUAUGAAGGUUCAAGCUUCUCUCUGCAAAAAAAUUGAAAUGUAACAAACCUCUUCAGUUGGCUUUCUGUGUUGUGAUUUGAUUUUAAUGUGGCAUUGACAAACAACUCAUUCAGUUAUUAAAGAAAAAAAGCUAACAAUCUUUUUAACAAAGGUUAAUUUAAUUAUGACAGAAAAUGUCAUUUUACUUUGUAAUUUUACUUUAAUUUUAAAUAUUCAACAAUCAGGGUACAAAGAUCACCUGGUGGUCCUUUUUGACAUAAAGAAAAUCUUUUACAGAUUAAAUUGAUUUAUAUCACAUAAUCUGUACAUAUUAGAUUCAACAUCAAAUAAUACUAUGAAAAUAUAAUAUAUAUACUAUUAAGCAUUGUAAAGAAUGAAAGAAAGAGGUAAGAGUAAGAGAAGUAAGAGAAGCAAAACAAAGCGCAGAGCGUGAAGCCCCUGCUAGAAGACUUGCAUGCCGUUCUGGCAUGUGUUAAGUAAAGAAAUACAAAGCCAUGGUGCUCAUGCUUCCUAAAAUAAUGUUUCCAAAAUAAUCAUAGCAAUAAUAUUAUGUCAGAAUAAUUAAAAUAUGUAAUAAUAAAAAAAAUUAACUAUCAUGUGUUUCAAAGUGAAAAUGAGGGGUGUUCACUGAAUAAACAGUAGAAUCGCUCUGCAAUGAGGAGAAGGUUGUUUGUUCAUGCUAAAUUUUAGAUUAAUUUUUUUAACCUUUUAUGCAAGGCAGGGUAAUGAAAAAGGAAGACAUCGGGAGGGUUAGGGGUUAAAGUUCAGUAACUAAUACACUUUGUUAAGGAAGGUUAGGGAGGGUGGUAAAGGUUCAUAAAAAAGAGCGUUAAUUGUUGGUCUGUAUGGAAAGGUGAGCUUCAGUCUCAGUCGAACAUGCUUCAUGUCCACACACCGCCCCGACCCCCACACCCUCACUCCCCAUCCACUCAUCCUCCGACUAUUACCUUUCAUGUUCGAAAGUCAAUGAAAUGAUCACAACACACAAAGCAACCCCAAACACGACACUGACAUAAACCAAAAGUGUUAUGGGUGAAAAUACUGUUAUGAAAUCAAAUCAGAGCUUGAAUUGUGUCAUAGUGAAAUGAAAGUCAUAUAUAUUAGCAAAAGAUUACUU